AUGAAGGGCUUAAACUUUUUUGUCGUGCUGGCUCUAUAUUACCCACCAUUUGGUGCUGCUAUUAUUCAAAGUCCAGUCUAUACUACAAUAUGCAAGCGAACUGGCGGAUCAAUAACUUGUUAUCAGGACAACACUUGGGGCUUCGAUGAGAGGACUCGUAAAUGCUUUCGUGUACGUAAGGGUUAUGGACCAUGCGGCUUUUUCGAUGGCAAAAAGGGUUGUGUAGACUUUUGCCUCAAGACCAGCGGAUAAAACAAUAUAAGAUUUCAGUACUAUAUGGAAAACUUGAAAUAAAUCCGUUUCUUAAUUUAUUAAUAGCGCUAUAAAGAAUAUGUGCUGAACCCGA